UGUGAGGUUGCAUUAAAAGAAGGAUAUUCGGAAGUACAUGAAACAUGUUUUGUAAAUGUUUUUCCAAGAAAUCUGUCAUUGCAGUUGUUACUACUGUUCUAGUCUUUUGUGGGGUGCUACAGUUUCAGGUUCUCUCAGUAAGGCUCACCCGGCAUCGCUUUUCUUCAAAAGUGGUCAACUGGAUGCUGUAUGAUUCGACGAUCAGAGAUUUGAUUGGACGACUUCAUCACAUGAUCACACGGGAUACCGACGCGCCUCUACGUUUGUUUUCAGCGGUCUGCAGCAACGAAACAGAAAAUGCUUGCAUAUCAAACUGUACACGACCUUUGAACCCUGACCCCGAGGCCCGUUUGCUGGACAUUCUGACGUCACCAAACCUGACGCUGUCCGAACACCAGCGUCGUCUGAUCCUCUCCAUGGGCCAGGCCAUCCCUGAGAGUGACGUCAUCUUCGUGUCCGCCAGCUCCUCCAAUCACUACGACGAGAUGCAGGACAUGUUCUAUAGCCUGCACAAGACGGUGUAUCCUCGUGUCAACAAUUUCACCGUUGUUCUCUUCGACAUUGGUUUAACAGAGGAGCAGAGGAUCAUGACAGAAAAACACUGCCGGUGUCAAGUUGUGACUUUUCCCUUUGAACAUUUUCCAGCGCACGUCAAGGAAAAUUUUUGUUACGCUUGGAAACCUUUGCUGGUUCGGGCUACUAUAGAAAAGGCAAGAAAACUUCUUGUUUACCAAGACACUUCCGUCAGAUGGUCUGACCGCAUCCAACAGGUUCUCGACAGGGCUUGGGACAUUGGCAUCCAAUACUUCCGGUCAGAUGGCAUGGCUAGGAUACCCCUGCAUACCCUGAUACAGACCUUCGACUACUUUGGAGAGGAGCCUUGUGCCUUCAACAUAUUCCCAGAGUUACCCGGAGGCCUCUCCAUGUACAGGAAGGACGUCUUCAACAUCCGGGCUAUUCUGGAACCUUGGGCCAGGUGUGCCAUCGAGCCGGAGUGCGUGUGUCCGGUCAAUCCCUUCAAGGUCAUCUGGUGUCACGGUGAGCACAAGGACCACAGAUGUCAUAGGUUCGAUCAGUCAGCAAUAGGAAUGAUAACUGCCAAAAUAUUUGGUCCUGAUUUAUACCGAGUGCUUGCCCCUGAGCGUCAUCAAUUUGUCGGUGUUUACCGUGGGUCGAAGAGGCCAAACUAUUUUAACUCAACACAAAGUUAAACACCUUUUAUUUUAUACCUAUUAGUGUUUUUAUAUUAUGUAUGGUGAAGAACUUAAAAACCAGAAACCACUUUUGUAAUUAAAAAGAAAUUAUUCGACUAUGUGUUUAAUGAAUCUGUAUUUAUAAAUUAUUU